GUGGUGGUGAACAACCCAUAUCAGGGUUCUCAGAGCCACAAGAUUAUGGCCUUCCCCAUUCGAUCGUCCACACGGUUCAUUUGUUCAUUACUUCAUUUGUUCUCUCUUGGGUGUUUUGGAUUCCCACUCUAUGCUCGAACACCACAAGCCUUCAGAUUUUUAAUUAAUCUUAAAGCCAUCGUGCUGGUUUUUACUGACCGACUCAUUGCCUCUUCUCUCCCGCUGUCUUUCUAAUUUUAUUUGGUCAAUCUCCCACUGCCAACUGCCAAGCUGUGUCUGAACUCCAAUGCCAGGAACCAUCCAAGUUUCAGUUCUGGGUUUUAUGGAUUUUCCCCCUUCAUCACCCUCUUCGUCAGUAUCUGUAAAAGUUUCAAUCGGGAAGGAUGAGUAUCAGACUUGGGGAAAGGGGGACUUCUCUUUCCCAUUAACGACCCUUCGCAAAAAUUUGAUUGUCACACUGUUGGAUCAAGAGGGAAAUGCAAUAUCACACACAGGCAUUGAUACAAUGUUGGUAGUUGAAAAGGGUUCGUGGGAACAAAUUUUCCCUUUUGAAGGAGGUGGGCAUGUGCAUAUGAAGCUGCAGUUCAUCCUCAGUGAAGAAGAGCGUAAUCAAAUUCGUAUAAUGAGAGAAUCUGCAUUGAAGAAGAAAAUCAAGAAAUAUGAUUCAAAAACAAGCCUUCCUCAUCUUGAAGCUGUGAACAUUGAAGAGGUAGCCAUGCAAGCUGAUCAAAUGUUGCCCAAUAGCUCUUCCAAAGAUUCACAGUACAGUACUGGCCACAAAGAAGGAACUCCUGAUUUGAAGCAAGCAGCCCCAGAUAGAAGUCAGGAAGCUGUAUUGACAGCUUCCAUGCCAAAACAAGUUCAACACCAAAUAACUGAAAGAGAAUUCAUUGAGAAGAUUUUUCCUGAGUCUCCUGGUCCUGAUGCUUCAGCACAAUAUCUUCAUUCACUAGAAGCUUCAACUUUGUUCAAAUGCUCAGAAUCAGCUGUUACUACAAACAAUGGAUCAGGUUUUCCCAAUCAGGAGAAAGACACGGAUGAUAGAUCUGAGGAGAUAUCAAGUUCACAGGAGAGCUUUCCUAGUAAUGUUAGGAAAAUGAUAAGUGCCCUCGAAAAUAGUUCGACUCAGAAUACAACAUCUCAGAUCAAUCCAACAGCAACAAAAUCUCAAUCUACCACCCCAUAUCCUAUUAAGGCCUUGCAUUUGAAGGAAAAUAAGUCUGGGAAGACUAAAUUAGCACAGCGGAGUUCAGAUAUGGGGGAGUUGCGACAAACCUCAACAAAAACAAAGAAAAGAAUAGAGCAGUUUGGUUUCCAUAGCGCACUAAAUGAGACUCAACCAUUUCAGGAUACAAGGCAGUUAGGGUUUAGCGGACAGCACAUUCAAUCUGAAGGAGGCAACCCAAGUUUGAAGAAUAAAAAUGACAUAGCACAAGAAGUUGUAGAUGUGAAGGAAGAGAGGAAAUCUCUGGGACAUUUGACAAAAGGAUCUACUAUUGAAACAGAUAUGGACUUGGGAAGAACCUUAAAUGAUCAUAGGGUAGAGCACCAACUCUUUAGCCUGCAUGAAAAGGUUAGUAAAGAAGCUGCGAACCUUAGACUGAAAUCCGUAGCAUAUUAUGGAGACUCCUUUGAAAGCUCUGGUUCAUGGAUAUUCCUUGAUGAAAGAGCAAGACGGUUAUGUAUAACAACUUGUUGUACAAACGUGAUCAAUCUACUUGGAAAUUGUAGUAUUGAAGCAACAAUGGAACAAAAAGACAUGAAGUUUCUGCCACUGCAAGAUGUGGGGGAGCAUGGUAUGCAUGGUAGUUCUGAUGUUGAAGCAAAUAUAAUGGAGAAGACAUCUCCCACUGACGGGCCAAAGCUUGAGAGUGCAACAUAUGUUGAAACUUCUCAAGGAUCAAUUGGACAGGCAAUAAAAAUAGCAAUCAUGGUAGGCUUUGGAAUGCUAGUUCUCCUUACCAGAGAAAGAUAAAAAUAGGAGCUUACAUAAAUCUACAAUAACCAGCUUCAAAUCCUCUACUUUAUACUUGUCACUUGCUCUUUGCAUGUAUGAUAUGAAAUGUUAAAAUUCUAAGCAUGCAAAGAGCAAAUUUUUGAAUGUGUAACUAUCAUGUUUGUAAUGAUUUUUGGGUUCAGUCAUUCCAAUGUCAAGGUUAUCAAUAUUUGUGAGCUAUACUCAAAUCCCCGAUGAAUUUUUAUUAUCAGUGAGACCCUGGGCAUAACAUUCUCAUUUCUUCUUC